UUAGUGUGAGGUUGAAUAAAGUACACCGUAUUUCUUUCAAGUUUCAACUCUGUAUCGCUCUCUCUUUCGCUCGCGCCCGCCAUGGCUAUGGCUAUGCAAAGUGGAAUCGGGAUCACCAAGAUCCUCGUCAUCGCUGGAGCUGGUUACACCGGCACCGUCCUCAUCAAACACGGCAAAUUAUCCGAGUUAAUCGGCGAGAUCCAGGAGCUGGUGAAGAGGGUGGAGAAGCCUGGGGAUGGGGCUGAAGGUGAAGGUGAAUAUGCUGAUGCCAUUGCUGCUCAGGUGCGUCGUUUGGCUGAUGAAAUUAACAGGAUCGCAUCAAGCAGGCAAAGAACAGUAGUCAUUGGGGGCUCAGAACAAAGUAGUAAUUUACAAUCUCUUGUGGUUCCAGCUGCUGCCUUUGGUGUUCUGGGUUAUGGUUACAUGUGGUGGAAGGGCAUUUCAUUCUCAGAUCUUAUGUACGUGACUAAACGUAAUAUGGAAAAUGCUGUUGCAGAUUUAACAAAAAAGUUGCAGCAUGCCUCAGAUGUCAUUGCUGAUGCUAAGAAGCAUUUGACCCAAAGAAUUCAAAAUUUGGAUGAUAAAAUGCUCAAACAGAAUGAGUUGCAGCGGUCAAUUAAGGAUGAAGUUUCCGGAGUUCGAAGUACUGUAACUAAUUUCCGUGAUGACUUCGGUAACUUGCGACAAAAAGUGGACACAUUGGAAGGAAGGUUGGCUGUAUUGGGUUGGCAGCAGAAUUAUGCAAAUACUGGAAUAAACAACAUCAUCAAGUUCAUAGAAACUGGAAAAAUCGAGGAAAUGCCUGAACUUUUGCUGGAGGAGCAACCGGAGCAACUGAAACUUCCUGGGAAACCCCGUAAUUUGCUCACAUAUCCAGGAACUCCAAAUCUGGAGGGUCUUAAAGACUUAGCGAAAUCGUUGCAGAACCCUAAGCUAGAGAAGCAUCAAGGGCCUUUGUUCAGGACCACUUCAACCAGGUGUUAAGGACAAGGUCUUAAAUGAUUAUUACCUAGCUUUUAAGCGUUCUUUCUUCAUUUGAUCAGCAGUAACUUUUUGGCUCACUUGUUAAUAAGUCAUUACAUAGCUGUUGUUAUUUUUUUAUAACAAUCCUAAUAUUACACAGUAUAAAUAGAUUGAACCCUAUAUAUACAUAGUUAGUUUAUUGUGAUUCUAUGUUUUAAAUAAAAUUUUAACAUCAAGAGGUUUGAUGGAUUGAUCCGGCCUAAAGCAGUUGCUCUUGGGUGUGGAAUUUGAUUAUUGUUUUUUCCAAAA